UCGGUGUGUGCAGUUAAAUACCAUAACAUUUUCUUCUUAUUGAUAUAGCAGAUUUCCACCAUGGACAAAUUUCCAAACAUUCAGUGUUUUCAUCAUGAGUCUAAACCAAUGGCUUGUUAUUGUCCCGACUGUGUAGAAGCUUUGUGUUCCGAAUGUUCAUAUUACCACACACUUAAACUGAAACAUAGACCUGUUCCAAAUGUUUUUAUAAAGUUCAUGCCAGCUUUCCUGUUAUCAAAAAUUAACCGAUGUUUAAAACACCACGACAAUUCGGAAUUCCACACAUCAAAUCAUGGAAACCCUUGUUGUAAGAAAUAUGAAAACGAGGUCCACGGACAUUGCAGUAAAAUAGAGUCGGAUGGAAAUGUAAAGAAUAUUAAUUUGAGAGGGCGAAUAAUUUUUAAAGUGAAUGCAGGCGACAUAACGGGAUGCGAUAUAUCCCCAACCGGUCAGAUGGUUUUUGUAGAUAAUAAGUAUGACUGUUUGGUACUUCAUGAAAACGAUGGCUCGUUAAAUAGAACAAUUGAUUUGCUAAGUAAACCGUAUGACGUCGCUUAUAUCAACGAGAACAAAAUAACAGUGACACAAGAUAGUGAAAUAAUCAUUAUAAAUUUAGAAACUGACCUUACAGAACGAUGGAUUGAUCUCGGUUGGAAAUGUUACGGUAUUAGUCAUAUUAACGGUAUGUUAGUUGUAACGUUGGAAAACGGAAAAGGAAUACGAAUUUUGGACGUAGAAGGUAACUCUAUUAGAUCAAUCGACAAUCAUACCCAAGGUGUUACGAAUGCGUAUCUCCAUGGUGACAAGUUGUAUUUUACCAUUCUUCCUGAUGACAAUAAGGUAUACUGUUCUGAUGCCAAUGGAUAUGUUUCUUGGACAUUUCAACAUCAACGCCUGAAAGGACCACGACAAAUAAGAGUAGACAAACACGGGUUCCUUUUUGUUGUGUACGAGACAUCGCUUACCGUUGCAGUUAUUUCCCCUGACGGUAAAAACAGUAAAGUUCUACUUUGUGAACAAGAUGGACUUCAUUUGCCAAAGGCUAUUUCAUAUUUGAAUAAUCAGUUGUUAAUAUGCAAUUCAACAUCAUGUACGGCACUACUUUAUGACGUAGAUGUUAAGGAAGAUCUUCCGCGCUAUAACACUACAGGAAUAUUCAUGUUUUUAUCAGUAUUUUUUACCGUAAUAUUCUUAGUUCUUUGCUUUAUGAUUUGGAAAUAAAAGGGAAUCAAGGUACAUCAUUAUUAAACGAUAUUUUAGAACAAGUACUCAAUUCAAUCAAAUUCGUUUUUAUACAGACAUUAGAUCAGUUCUAAAAAUACAAGGAAGACUUAUUUAAACCGCGUUUAAAAAUACUUCUGAAAAUAGUUUUUGGAUUUUCCUGCUACUGUUUUGGAGAAAUUGACUUUCCAAUACAAAAAAAAUAAUUACCGCUUCCGCAAAUUUUCGGCCCGCAUCCUGCUCCAAAAUUAGUUUCUCCUUGAAUUUCUUUUUACGUAGACGCUUUUCUGUUGCAUAUAAUGCUCCUGUCGUGUC